GUACAGCACUCAAUACUUAGUUAAGGCUCCUUUUGUCUGAAUUACUGUGGCAUGUGGCGAGUUUGCUGGACAAUUAAGAACAGGGAUACCAUGGUCCUUCAACCAGGUACUGGUAGCUUUGGCACUGUGUGCAGGUGGCAAGUCCUGUUGGAAAAUUAAAUCUGCAUCUCCAUAAAGUUGGUCAGCAGCAGGAAACAUGAAGUGCACAGACAGCGUCUGAAGCAUCUCGCCUGGGCUGAAGACAAAAAGGACUGCACUGCUGCUGAGUCUUCCAAAGUUAUGUUCAGAUGAAAGUAAAUUUUGCAUUUCCUUUGGAAAUCAGGGUCCCAGAGUCUGGAGGAAGAGGGGAGAGGAACACAAUCCACUUUGCUUGAGGUCCAGUGUAAAGUUUCCACAGUCUGGGGUGCCAUGUCAUCUGCUGGUGUUGGUCCACUGUGUUUUCUUAGAUCCAAGGUCAACGCAGCCGUAUACCAGGAAGUUUUACAGCACUUCAUGCUUCCUGCUGCUGACCAAGUUUAUGGAGAUGCACUGCCUUUCCGUCUUUUUGUCUUGUCCUGCACUAUCUUGUCAGUCUUGUCUCUCUUGUCCUGCAAUGUUUGCACCAGGUUGCACAGAUGCACUUUAUGUAUCUAGGACUAACUUACUAAGACCUUAUAGCUCUGUCUUUGUUUUAUGUAGCACCCUGAUCCUGGAGAAACUUUGUCUCAUUUCGCUGUGUACUGCAACAGCUACAUACGGUUGAAAUGACAACAAAAGCUUCUUGACUUGACCUUACUUGACUUGACCCUAAAUCUGACCAGCUGCAGUUUCCUCCUCCGGCCUGUGGUGUCGCUGUAAUUUUCCAAACUACCGGCAUUUGAAACUGUGCGGCGCUCUUGUGUAGUGAGCAGGGAAGUGUAGGCCGCAUGUGCUCUGUUCUGUCACACACAGUAAUCUACGCACCAAAUUCACACCUUCGUCACCUGUUUGUACGUUUAAAGAUCAUUUACAAUGCCGAAGAAAUCUAAAGAAGUGGCUGAGUGGGAAGGAGACGAUGAACCACAGACAGAUAAAGUUGUGAAGAAAGGAAAGAAAGACAAGAAGGGGAAGAAGAGUUUCUUUGAUGAGCUGUCCUCGGAAAGUAAAGCAGAGAAGACGGAAGAGCCGGCAGUGAAGGAGACGCAAGGAAAGCAGCCUCAAAAGAAAAAAAAGGACCGGCGGAAAGGGAAAGCCGGGGACGUUGAGGAUGAAGAUGAAGACGUCAUGCAGCAACUCAAGAAACUGUCCGUCCAGCCCAGUGACGAGGAAGAGGACGAGGUGAUAGCAGCUCCCGUGAAAGGCGGGAAGAGAAACAAGGGUGGCAACAUAUUCGCUGCACUGAGCCAGAGUCAGAGCGAUGAAGAGGGCGACGCAGAUGGUGACGAAGACGAUAAACCUAUAAAUAAGAAAACCCCUAAGGAGGUUUCCAGAGGAAAGAAAAACGAUAAGGCUAAAACUAAGAAAUCUAAGGCAUCUGAUGACGAACCCGACGAGGAGCUGGAGAAAAAAGACGAGACUGAGAAGAAGGUGGUGAAGAACAAGAAGCCAGGCAGCAAAGCAUCCAAGGAGGAGGAAGAGAAGAAAGAAGAAAAGCCUCAGAAGGCUGCUGGAAAGAAAGAACAGCCAAAGAAAGGAAAACCUGCUCGCCAGCCUCCUAGUGAGGACGAGGAUGAGGAAGAGAAAAGCGAUGACAAUGACACCAUGAUGAGCGCAGAGGACGUUCUUGUGGCAGAGCAUAACAAAGAACGGGAGGAAGACCCCUACGCCAACCUGAGUAAAAAGGAGAAGAAGAAGAAAAAGAAGCUGAUGGAGUACGAGCGGCAGGUGGCUAGCGUCCGUGCUCAGAACGCCACCGAGGGAGAUUUCUCAGUCUCUCAGGCUGAGGUGUCUUCAAGGCAAGCCAUGUUGGAGAACGCCUCUGAUAUAAAGCUGGAGAGAUUCAGCAUCUCUGCUCACGGGAAGGAGCUUUUUGUCAACGCUGAUCUUCUGAUCGUAGCCGGUCGCCGCUACGGUCUGGUUGGACCAAACGGGAAAGGAAAGACCACGUUACUGAAGCACAUUUCCAACAGAGCUCUCAGCAUUCCUCCCAAUAUUGAUGUGCUGCUCUGUGAACAAGAGGUGGUCGCCGAUGACACUCCGGCCGUACAGGCUGUGCUGAAGGCGGACACGCGGCGUCUUAAGUUGCUUGAUGAGGAAAAGAGCCUGCAGGCUUUGCUUGAGAAGGGCGAGGACAGUGUCUCUGAGAGACUAGAGAAGGUGUACGAAGAGCUGAGGGCAAUCGGAGCAGCGGCAGCUGAGGCUAAAGCUCGUAGAAUCUUGGCUGGUUUGGGCUUCACCCCUGAAAUGCAGAACAGACCCACUAAGAAGUUUUCAGGUGGCUGGAGAAUGAGAGUAUCACUCGCCAGAGCUCUGUUCAUGGAGCCCACCCUGCUGAUGCUGGACGAGCCGACGAACCAUCUCGACCUCAAUGCUGUCAUCUGGCUCAAUAACUAUCUGCAAAGCUGGAAAAAGACACUACUGAUCGUGUCCCAUGACCAGAGCUUCUUAGACGAGGUCUGUACAGAUAUCAUUCACUUGGACAACCAGAAGCUCUAUUACUACAGGGGCAACUAUUUGACGUUUAAGAAGAUGUACGUGCAGAAGCAAAAGGAGCUCCUAAAGCAGUAUGAGAAACAAGAGAAAAAGCUGAAAGAUCUGAAAGCUGGAGGCAAAUCGACUAAACAAGCUGAGAAACAAACAAAGGAGGCUUUGACUAGGAAACAGCAAAAAGGCAAGAAGAAGGGACAGGAAGAGGAAAGCCAUGAGGCCCCAGAGCUCCUGAAAAGACCUAAAGAAUACACUGUGAAGUUCACAUUUCCAAACCCACCACCUCUCUCCCCACCCAUCCUUGGCCUCUACAGUGUGGACUUUGGGUACGAUGGUCAGAAGCCUCUGUUCAGAAACGUUGACUUUGGUAUUGAUAUGGAGUCUCGAAUUUGUAUAGUUGGACCAAACGGUGUGGGAAAGAGUACACUCCUGCUUCUGCUGACAGGGAAAUUGACUCCUAAAAAAGGCGAGAUGAGGAUGAAUCACCGCUUGAAAGUGGGCUUCUUUAACCAGCAGUAUGCUGAUCAGCUGAACAUGGAGGAGUCUGCCACAGAGUAUCUGCAGAGAAAUUUCAAUCUGCCAUACCAGGACAGCCGAAAGUGUCUCGGCCGCUUCGGUCUAGAGAGCCACGCGCACACUAUCCAGAUUUCUAAACUUUCUGGUGGCCAGAAAGCAAGAGUAGUAUUUGCUGAACUUUCAUGUCGCCAACCGGACGUCCUGAUUUUGGAUGAACCGACCAACAAUCUGGACAUCGAGUCCAUUGAUGCUUUAUCAGAAGCCAUCAAUGAAUACAAAGGAGCUGUGAUCAUUGUGAGCCACGAUGCCCGGUUGAUAACGGAGACUCAGUGCCAGCUGUGGGUGGUGGAAGACAGGUCGAUAAACAACAUUGUUGGAGACUUUGAAGACUACAAGAGAGAAGUGCUGGAGGCUCUCGGAGAAACGCUGGUUAACAAGCAGAAAGAGUGAACGUGCCAUGAGGGGAUGGAAGAUGCUUUGUUUUCAGUGCUGUUAUUUACUCUCAAAAACCCGGCGCUUCAGUCUCAUAACCUACGAUGAAAUUUCAUCAUUAACGCUCGAGUGUGAUCCAGACUGAUGCAUCUGGGGUUUUUUUUUGACUUAUUUCUUAGUGUGCAGGCUGACCUAAAAAUAUGGUCAUUAAAAUUGUGCUUUCAUGGGAUUGUCAGCUUUUUCAGGAAGCUUGAGAUUCACCAGCAUUUUUCUAAAUGACCUGCAUUAGGGCGGCACAGUAUUAAAAAUAGCACAUUGCCAUUAUGAUUGAUUUGCCCUGCAAAUUGUGACGUUUUUUCACUACACUAUCAAAAUACCUCCUGAAAAAUUUGAUCUAGAACCUUCAUCAGAAUGGUUUAGCCUUUAGAUUUUUGCAGUAUUCGCACCAAAAUAUUACAAAAGCCAAUACUGGAAUAUUAACAUUAUAUAAAAAAUUAUUGUUGUAAAACAAGACUGAUCUAGUUUGAAAAGUAUGUAGAAAGGAAUGUUCCAUAAAUGAUUGCGAAGAAACAUCUAAUGCAUCUGAGAAUUGACAUGGAAUACAACAAUAAAUGAAUUUUGCAGUA